AUGUCUCUUAGCGAUGCUAUAAAAAUAGCACAUUCGAUUAAGAAGUAUAUAAAGGAUAUGACAUCUUCGAACUAUCCAAUCGCAGAACAUAGCGUGAUGAUGAUUUCAGAAGAAGUAAGUGCUAUGAUUAAAGGAGAAACUCCAAUGAAGAAAUCAGAUCCUGGUAGUUUCGUCCUAGAUUGUAAAACAGAAAACACGCGUUUCCCUAGAUCAUUAUGUGACCUCGGCUCUAGCGUGAACCUUAUGCCUUACUCUGUUGCAGUAACGUUAGGAUACAAAGAGUUUAUGCCAACUCCGAUCACCCUGGUUUUAGCUGAUAGAUCUAUUAGGGUACCCGAAGGAAUUCUCGAAGAUGUUCCCAUAAAGAUUAACGAUUGCAUCGUGCCUACGGAUUUUGUUGUGUUGAAAUACAGACAAGAACCCAAAGACCCCCUCAUUCUGGGUCGGCCAUUCCUAGCUACAGCUGAAGCGAUCAUUGACGUCAAGGAAGGACGAAUUAAUUUGAACAUAGGGGAUAUCUCGAUGAUUUUUGAUAUGGAGAAACUGAUUUAG